CUCUCAAUCCUUCCUUUGAAUCACAUUCACAGCCUCUUGGUUAACUAACACCAACGGAACAGAAAAGAAAAUCAAAAGAGACAACACAACAAAAACACCCUCACUUUGAGUUCACAAGCGCAACAAAUGGCGUCGUUGCAGCACCCAACGGCUUCUCUCCAAUCCAAACACGCCCUAAUCCCCCGAAACAGCCUCGCCCAGAAACCCAUCCUCAACAUCUCCCUCCCCGGCACCACCUUCACUCCUCUCAAGCUCAAAUUCGCCUCCUUUUCCUUAUCCGCCACCCGCCGCUCCCAGGGCGCCUCCGGGGCCAGAAUGUCCGCCACCGCCGCCUCCAGCUAUGCGGCUGCCCUUGCGGACGUGGCGUUCUCCAACAACACCCUCGAUGCGACCACCUCGGACAUCGAGAAAAUCGACGAAAUCUUCGCGGACCCCAAGGUGUCGGACUACUUCGCGGACCCCACACUGGCUGUGGAGCAGAAGCGGAAGCUGGUGGACGAGAUUGCAGAGUCUUCAGGGUUCCAACCCCACACCAGGAACUUCCUCUACAUCUUGGUCGAUGCCCAGAGGAUCGAUCUCAUUAACGAGAUCGCCAAGGAGUUCGAGUUGGUCUACAACGCCUUGACCGACACCGAGCUUGCCGUGGUCACCUCCGUGGUGAAGUUGGAGUCGCAGCACUUGGCGCAGAUUGCGAAACAGGUUCAGAAGCUCACUGGGGCCAAAAACGUCAGGAUUAAGACCCUCCUUGACCCCGCUUUGGUCGCGGGUUUCACUGUCAGGUAUGGGAAUUCCGGCUCCAAGUUGAUUGACAUGAGCGUCAGGAAGCAGCUUGAAGACAUUGCUGCUCAGCUUGAGUUGGGUGAUAUCUCACUCGCUGUAUGAGUUGUAAUUUCUUUCCAUCAAUCCUUUGUGUUUCUAUUCAAUUUCGAUUACUGUUACUUUUUUGGAGGCCUAUAUAUGUAUCAAAUAUGAAUCGUGAAUUAAUCAAUGAAUGAAUUUCAAGUGUGUACAACCUUAUAAUA